GGAUAAGUCAGGUUUUGGGAGAUCGACAGGUUCGAUACAAAAAGCGAACCAUUUCAGUAGCGAAUCCCCCAAUUCUUACUCCAUUCCUUCUUCUCAUCUCCAUUCUUGCUCUCUGAUCCCACAAACUUUCUUCUCAUUAGGGUUUGUAAAACCCUAGUUUUGAUUUUUGGAUUCAUUCCUCAUUUCCCACAGAUCCGAGCUCCUUGCUAGUGUUCUUAUCGUCAAGCUAUGGCGACUUUGGUGAGCUCGGCGGGUGGGCUUUUGGCGAUGCUUAAUGAGACCCAUCCUUCGCUCAAGCUUCAUGCUCUGUCGAAUCUCAACAAUUUGGUCGACAACUUUUGGCCUGAGAUCUCAACUAGCGUCCCUAUCAUUGAAAGCUUGUAUGAAGAUGAAGAAUUUGAUCAGCAUCAGAGACAACUGGCAGCAUUACUUGUGUCAAAGGUCUUCUAUUACUUGGGUGAACUUAAUGACUCCCUAUCAUAUGCGCUUGGAGCUGGUUCAAUUUUCGAUGUUUCUGAGGAUACUGAUUAUGUUCAUACUCUUCUAGCUAAAGCUAUCGAUGAAUAUGCUAGUCUUAAGUCUAAGGCAGCAGAGUCAAAUUCAGAAGGGACAAAUGUUGACCCGAGGUUGGAGGCUAUUGUAGAGAGAAUGCUUAACAAGUGUAUCACGGAUGGAAAAUACCAACAAGCUAUGGGAAUUGCAAUCGAGUGCCGAAGAUUGGACAAACUAGAGGAAGCAAUCACAAAAAGUGAUAACGUUCAAGGAACUCUAUCCUACUGCAUAAACGUUUCACACUCAUUUGUUAACCUUAGGGAAUAUAGACUUGAGGUUCUUCGUCUUCUUGUCAAAGUAUAUCAGAAGUUGCCCUCCCCAGAUUAUUUGAGCAUUUGUCAGUGUCUUAUGUUCUUGGAUGAACCUGAAGGUGUUGCAAGCAUAUUGGAAAAGCUUCUUCGAUCGGAAAACAAGGAUGACACUCUUCUGGCAUUUCAAAUAGCCUUUGAUCUCAUAGAGAAUGAGCACCAGGCAUUUUUAUUAAAUGUAAGGAAUCGACUUUCAAAUCCCAAGCCUGGACCUCCAGAAACAGCGCCGCAGCCUGGUUCAAACCCGGAGUCUGCUCAACAUGUGAGUUCUGCUCCUGAGGAUGCUCAAAUUACUGAUGGAAGUUCUGCCCCUAAUUUAAAUGUACAACAAGUAGAUCCAAAGGAAAUAGUGUAUGCUGAAAGAUAUACAAAAAUCAAGGGAAUUCUAUCAGGAGAAACAUCAAUAUACUUGACCCUACAGUUCUUAUACAGUCACAACAAAUCGGAUCUUCUCAUUCUGAAGACAAUAAAGCAAUCUGUAGAGAUGAGAAAUAGUGUCUGUCAUAGUGCUACAAUUUUUGCUAAUGCAAUCAUGCAUGCUGGAACCACCGUGGAUACAUUUCUCCGCGAGAACUUGGACUGGUUGAGCAGGGCCACCAACUGGGCUAAGUUUAGUGCUACAGCAGGGCUUGGUGUUAUUCACAGAGGCCAUUUGCAGCAGGGAAGAUCUCUUAUGGCACCAUACUUGCCCCAGGGUGGGUCUGGUGGUGGCGGCAGUCCUUACUCAGAGGGUGGUGCCCUUUAUGCUCUAGGUCUUAUUCAUGCCAACCAUGGUGAAGGCAUAAAACAGUUUCUUCGGGAUAGCUUACAAAGUACUAAUGUAGAGGUCAUACAACAUGGUGCUUGUUUGGGUCUUGGUUUGGCAACUCUAGGGACAGCUGAUGAAGAGAUUUAUGAUGACAUCAAGAGUGUUCUAUACACAGACAGUGCUGUUGCUGGUGAAGCUGCUGGCAUCAGUAUGGGCUUACUUAUGGUUGGUACGGCAAGUGAGAAGGCUAGUGAGAUGCUUGCCUAUGCACAUGAGACACAGCACGAAAAGAUCAUUCGUGGCCUUGCAUUGGGGAUAGCCCUCACCGUUUAUGGAAGAGAAGAAGAAGCUGAUACCUUAAUUGAGCAGAUGACUCGAGAUCAAGAUCCUAUAAUUCGUUAUGGUGGUAUGUACGCGUUAGCAUUGGCAUAUCGUGGUACAGCAAACAACAAGGCAAUCCGCCAGUUGCUUCAUUUUGCUGUAUCUGAUGUGAGUGAUGAUGUUAGGAGAACGGCUGUUCUUGCCCUUGGGUUUGUCCUCUACUCAGAGCCCGAGCAGACGCCUCGAAUUGUCUCCUUGCUGUCUGAAUCUUACAACCCACAUGUUCGAUACGGUGCUGCUCUUGCAGUGGGCAUAUCUUGUGCAGGUACUGGCCUGAGUGAGGCUAUAUCCUUGCUGGAGCCCCUAACAUCAGAUGUUGUUGAUUUCGUACGACAAGGUGCACUUAUUGCGAUGGCUAUGGUCAUGGUCCAGAUUAGUGAAGCCAGUGAUUCCCGUGUUGGAGCGUUCAGGCGACAAUUGGAGAAAAUAAUUUUGGACAAGCAUGAAGACACCAUGAGCAAGAUGGGAGCAAUCUUGGCAUCAGGAAUUUUGGAUGCUGGUGGUAGGAAUGUUACUAUAAGGUUGUCGUCCAAGACCAAACAUGACAAAAUUACUGCAGUUAUUGGUCUUGCUGUUUUCAGCCAGUUUUGGUAUUGGUAUCCCCUUAUCUACUUUAUCAGCCUGGCCUUCUCGCCCACGGCGUUUAUUGGAUUGAAUUACGACUUGAAAGUUCCGAAAUUUGAGUUCCUGUCGCACGCAAAACCUUCACUAUUUGAGUAUCCUAAACCGACCCCCGCGCCCACCACUACAUCUGCUGUAAAACUUCCAACUGCUGUUUUGUCAACUUCAGCUAAGGCUAAAGCCAGAGCUAAGAAAGAAGCUGAACAAAAGAGCAUUGCUGAAAAGUCAUCUGCAGCAGCGGAAUCUUCAUCCACAGGUUCGAAUCCUGCUAAAGGGAAAUCAUCCGCUGAAAAGGAUGGCGACUCUAUGCAGGUUGACAACCCACCUGAGAAGAAAACAGAACCUGAGCCCUCUUUUGAAAUUCUGACCAACCCAGCCAGAGUAGUUCCUGCUCAGGAAAAAGUCAUCAAAUUUCUAGAGGAAAGCAGAUAUGUUCCAGUGAAGUUGGCGCCGUCGGGUUUUGUUCUACUGAGAGACUUGCAUCCUUCUGAACCCGAGGUGCUUUCUCUAACCGACGCACCAUCAUCGACAGCCUCACCUGCCAGUGGCUCGGCAACUGGGCAGCAAGGUUUGGGAUCAGCCAUGGCUGUAGACGAGGAGCCUCAACCACCCCAGCCGUUCGAAUACACCUCAUAAUCAACCACCUCUUAAUUUGUUUUCGACUUGGCAUUGAUAUCACUUAUGCAAUCUUAGCACAGGUAAAGCGCAAGAUAUCGUUGAGUUAGGUUGUCUGGAUGUGCUACCGAUAAUGAUGAUCUUGGGGACUCCCUAUGUAUGAACUGUAUUUUUUCUUUCUUUUCCUUGUAUUGAUGUUUCAAAUUCUAGGAAUAUGGGAGUGGGAAUUAUGUAUGGAAAGCUGAAGUCAAUCUAUGCUCGAAAGUGUUCGAUGCCUUUUAGGCCGAGACAUUAUUGUCGCCGAUGGUUUGGACGACCGAAGAGCUCAGCGGUACUUGUUUACUUCUAGUAUAGUUCUCUGUUCUCGCCGUCCCCUCGGCUUUCCAUAUGAUACCCUUAUUUUGUGACUUACUUCAGAAAAAUGGUAGAAGGAUAUUGAUGUGGUUUCCUUGUUUAAUUUAA